AUGAACGGGGACUUAGUGCCAAAAUUAAUAUUUUGCUACUACACAUCUAAUAUUGCAAAAAUACAAAUUUAUCAACAAAAAAUUAAUCAAUUUGUUAUGUUUCAAAAAAAAGUUAAUCAAUUUGGUAAAACCUUUUUUAAUGGCAAAAUUUAGUAUUUAUUCAAAAUGACAAUGUUAGUUGUAAUUUGUAAAAAAAAAAAAAAAAAAGAAUUGUAACUGCUACAAAUAAUACUUCAAUAUUUGAUCAAAUAAAGAUAUGAUCUUAGCAAUUCAGGGUCUCCAACAUUAUGAGUUUGCUGAACAUUCUUCAAAUGAGCCUUUUCCAGAAGAACAAUUCAUUAUAAAUGCUUUGAAGAAGUACCCAGUCCUUUUUUGUCAAACAAACCGCUUUGGCGAAACACCUCUUCAUCUUGAGGUGUUUCACAAGAUGUGGCAGAUCCGUGAUGGGACGCAAUUAUAUAGGAUGAUAAAAGAAGAAUUGAUGAAUUUAAAAGGUCGAGGAGAACUACCACUACCUCCGUGGAAGUUAAAAGACGUUCAAGGCAACACCACCCUUCACUAUGCAGCUAAAUAUGGAAAUUAUGAAUUUGAGAUAGACGCAAACUUAGUUGGAGAGCUCAACCAUUCCAAACAAACUCCUUUGCACUUGCUAUGUCAGAAGCACUUUGAUUCUGGCAACCAAAUGAUGAUGGCAAAGUUGUUAAUCGAAAAAGAUGCCUCAACAGUGUAUGCGCGGGACAUUGAGGGUUUCACUCCUUUGUUAAGAGCGGCGCAGCAUUUGUGGACUACAGACUUCAUAUUAGAAAUAGUAAAGCAGCAUCCACAAUCAAUAAGACAGAUUGAUCCUCAUGCUCGCAAUUUUUUUCAUCACUUGAAAUAUUUUGCUAGCAAGGAAAAGUUGUGUGAAAUAGCACCACAAAAGGAGAGUGAGAUUCUUAUUACACAGAAAGAUGACCAGGGUUACACUCCUUUUGAUUUGGCAGUUCAAAAGCGUCACUUUUCGAAGGCUCGACUUUUAAUUGAAUGCUGUGAUUUGCGAGGGGAAUGUUUUAAGACUUGGCUUUUUCACCACAACGAAAGUAGUAGGGAGAUGAUUGAUGCGGACCAAAUUUCUUUCCAAGAGUUUAUGUAAUCACAAUCUCCGACACUCCAUCGUUAGCUAUCUUUAGCUGUGUCCUCUGCUUCUUACUAAUCUUGUUGAUGAGAAGACGUCAUAUCAAGAUUCUCAGUUUCAUAUUGCGUGUACUGCCUGGAAUCCCCUUGUUAUUAUGUGGUGUUUUACCCGACAUUAGAAAAUGGUUCUACCGCCAGCCAGAAUAGGGAUCAACAACAGCAUAUAUCCUGCAAGACAAUCCAUUUCAUCUUCUUCAUCAUACUAAUUAAUACCAUUAUAUGUGCUACGUACUUUGUCUAAUUCUGCCGUGUGAUAUGCGUGUACGUAUACUUGUAACAUGCCAAGACGGCAAGACCAGUGUUGUAUAUAUUAUGAAAUUUUUCUGUGGAGGCGCUUGGUGCAUCCAGUGUUCUUAAAAAAAAGGCGGAAUGAACAUUUAGCUAUUCAGUAAAGAACAUAUAGUUGUUUUGUAAAGAACAUAUAGCUAUUUUAUUAAGAACAUCCGGUUUUAUAUGUUUUUUUUGUAAAUAUAAAGAACAUUUGUAAUAUUAGUAAAGAACAUGAUAAUAUUAAAAAACAUU